AGUGACAGAAGGAGGAAACACGGAAGUGCAGUUAGCACACAGCACAGCAGGCUAGCUUUAACCCCACCAUCCUGCGAUACUACAGCCUGUUCACCUGACGUUACAGCAAGAUGCCUGAAAUACAGACACCAAGGAUUCAAGCCAUUUACACCAGUGCUAGUGACGGACUGGAGGGGUUCAAAGCACAUGCUGUGUUCCAGGAAAUCGACAAGAAGCUCCAGGAGGAAGGGGAGCAGUUUGUGAAAAAGAUCGGGGGAGUGUUCGCCUUCAAAGUAAAGGAUGGCCCAAAUGGACAGGAGGCGACUUGGUAUGUGGACGUGAAGAACGGUAAAGGCUGUGUUCACAAUGACACAGCUAAGAAAGCAGAUUGCACCAUUUCCAUGUCAGAUACAGACUUGUUGGCCUUGAUGACGGGGAAGAUGAACCCACAGACUGCGUUUUUCCAGGGCAAGCUGAAGAUCACAGGGAACAUGGGACUGGCCAUGAAGCUUCAGAGCCUGCAGCUGCAGCCGGGCAAAGCCAAGCUGUAGAUGAGACGUCGGAGCUCGCUGUUACUACACCUCUGAACACUGAAUAGAGUUACCCAUGAAGAAUUUAAAAGCAGGUCUGGUGUCAGAUAAAUGUUAAAGGUUCUCAUCACAGGACUGAACCACUUCUACUAGUGACCUCACUGACGGGGCAGGGGAUUAGUCAGCAGCCUCGCCAAUCUAACUUGAGAAUAAGAUAGAUGGACAGAUAAUUAAUUCUCUAAUAAGGUUCCUCAUGAUGAUACUGUCAGUACACUAGAGUGGAGGCAGGUGCUCCCUACUUAUAUACCAUACUACUAUAUAUGAAUAAUGUCCAAUUUUCAAUAAUUUCCCAAUGUCUGUUGCUAAAGAAAUCUUUCUUUGAGCGUAUUGUGUCUGAAAAUCUUUUGAGUAGUUUAGAUUGAUGUCAUUUUCCACAAUCAUGGACACGACAGUCUAAGUGCCUCCUCGUCUCAGACAGUUUGCUCUAAGGUUCUUAGCCAGCAGCAUAGAGAUGUUUUUCACUGUGGCCGCCUAACGUUUUAACAGAGGGAGAAGGGGGGGGUUGUAAUUUUCUGCUGAACUAUCAUUGUAUGAAUCCCUAAAGAUUUCUACUGAAUAAAUUUUGCUGCAGCAUCCACUGGGUGCUCCCAAGUUGA